UUACAGUCAGGAUGUCAUCGCUGAUCAAAAGUACCCGGACGCGCCUCGAAAUAGGAUGACGCCGUUGCGUCGGGGUCCCGGAACGCUGGUACCACCUCCCUUCGAGCCGAAUCUAGUCGUGUCGCCCUAUCCCAGCCCAUCAGUUGCGACAGUGGCUCGUCACGCAUCAGGCAUGCCCUCGCAUUUCAGCCCUUCACCUGCUCUGGCCCCUACCUACGCUGGCCAAUCACCCCAGUCCUCGUCUGGUGCAUUCGGAGGAGCAGUUGCUGGCGUGGACCAGAAUGGCUACGUGUCAGCUCCUCAGCCGAUCACUGGCAUCGCUGCUUUUGCGCCCGCCCAUCGCAGCAUCUUUCACGAGCCACAUUUGGCGAGCGGUCCAGACACUGGACUUAGUCUUGGCACUGUCGCAUCGACGCCGGCCGGUCAAUCUCCUGGAGAUGCGCUUCGUCAUGGCACUGGCAACACAGACCCGCUCGGUCGUCAGCUCCCAGCUGCUCUGCCAUCUUACCUCAAAAUUCCGACCCUCAUUCCUAGCACAUAUGCCAGUCCGACCGGUUCUGUCGCAUCGUCUCCCACUCACGCGAGCCCUACCAGUGAAGCACCCGCGGUCGGUGGCUUGCCUCUUCACGAGUCGAGAAGCGCUUGGAUGGACGACGUCAGUGGACCAUCCCUCGCACCUGCCGGUGCAGCUGCAGCAGUCUUGAACACCGAAGAUGUAGUCAUUGAACCAGGCGCUGCAAGCAAGGUCUCUUCGCCCGAACCCGGCCGCUCGCCGCUACCUGGUAGCCCAACUCAAUCAUUGUCGCGACCACUACCAGCAGACGAAGUAGAAGCAGCUGUCCAAGCGACGCAUGUAGCUAGUGAAGGAGCAGUCACCCCUGCAGGACUUUGUGUCGAGACGAAUGACGCGCGCGAGUCUGUUGUGACAAGCGAAGGGCCACUGAGUGCCGACACUGCCACGGACGCUUCUCGGGCAGCUACACCCACGCCUGGACAACCUUCAGCGCUUCGUUCUUUGACAACACAGACGCGCUCAGAAGUACCUCAAUCGAAAGAAGAUUCUCUCAAUUUGAGCCCAGAGCCAAGCAGGGACUCUGGCGAGAGACGAAGAUCAGGCGUACAGGUCUUUGCUGGCGUCGAGAGUGGCGUCAAUACUCCAGCUUUCCCAGGACCGGCGCCUCAUGGUCGAGGCGUCGUCAAAGGCUUCGACGCUUCGCAGACGUCCACACCUGCUUCGCGUGCUCCGACUGCGCCAGCGAGUGGACGAACGGCCUCUGCAGCGGCUGGUCGUUACCAGCCUCCUUCUGGACCGUUGAGGCCCGUUACCGUCACCUGGCGAGGAGGCGGCAGAGAUGUCUUUGUGACUGGAACGUUUGCAAACGAGUGGCGAUCCAAAGUGCCUCUCAAACGUCCAAGUCAUGCGCAUGGAGGUGGCAGAGGCAAGACAGGCGAUCACACCAUUGUUCUGCAUCUCGAACCUGGAACGCAUCGACUCAAAUUCAUCGUGGACGACAGAUGGAGAGUCUCGAGAGAUCUGCCAACGGCUACUGACGGAAGUGGUAACUUGGUCAACUACAUCGAGAUGCCCAUCUUGGACGAUCCGGACCGGAAGCCCGAGGACGCAGGCGUUGUGGGCGUCUCUAAGCAGCAACGCAACGCGCUUGCUCCGGCGGGUAUGGGAGGUCAUGCCACUGCGCACGACCUCCAAGCUGCCAAGCGUCAGGCGGAGGUCAAGCGCGGAGAUCUAGACGAGGUAUUUGGACCGGACAAAGCACAAGAAGAAAUUUGGACGCAGGAUAUCCCUUCUACGAUAACCCGCGCCCAGCAGAUCGAGGAAGCGUACCGGGACGCGUGCGAGGCAGCGGGUUCCCGAGGCAGGGAACCACCACUUCCCCCCUUGCUCCCUCUCCCUCCUUUGCUACCUCGUCAGUUGUCUACCGUACUACUGAACGCUUCGCCUGCCAAUCCGGCCGUGGCUCAAGCGACAGGAGGAACAGUCGACGACUUGAGUCUUCUCCCCGCCCCACCCAACUCGGCUAUUCUGCAUCACUUGACGGCAAGCGCCAUCAAGAACGGAUGCGUCGCCGUCGGCACCACGAUCAGAUUCAAGAAGAAGUACGUUUCGACUUUAUAUUAUAGCCCAUGCGCUUGAAGCACAUCUCGCUCCCUCAUCCAGCUGAUGCUCUCAACUUGGCAAAGUCUCGAGACUUGGCGCUGCGAGUCAUCACCUUCUGGCCGCUGUCGCGCCCACGCUCGCACCUUACCCAGACCUCCGUCUAUCCGGCGAUCCCGAGAGUCGCGCGCCCCGACAAGCGCUACCCUCUAGCCAGACGCUCGUCCAUUCACUACCUUUUUUGCCAAAUACCCAAUCUACGUUUGCUUGUUGCUGCAUCCAAGCUUUCGUCAAGGACGUAGAUCAGACAGAAUUCCCUUUGCCCGGCUACACAUUGUAUUACCACCAUGGAACCUUAGCGUUCUACGGAUGAUAGACAUCUACAAUCAUCGAUUGCUUGAUUGCCUG